AUGAAGUUCGCCAUCGCCGCCACUCUCAUUGCCGCUGUCGCCGCCGUUCCCACCAACUCUCCUCCCAAGGGUGGUGACUGCUCCAUCAACGGCGACAACGAUGGCCAGGUUGUCUGCUGCAACUCUGCUAUCCCCAUCCUCGGCAACCUGCUCUGCAACGUCCUUGCUCUUGGCGCUACUUGCCAGGCCAGCCAGACCACCUACUGCUGCAGCGGCAACGGUGCUGGCGGUCUCAUCAACGUCAACCUCCUCAACUGCCUCCACAUCUAA